AUGGAAUCACUAACCAAGUCGUUCUCGGACUCAAACCUAGACUUUAUUACUCAAACCGAAGUAACACCGAACUUCGUUGGUGCACGCAUUAAAAGGAAAAGGAAUAAUAGUCCUACCUCGACUGGCUAUGAAGACUUUAAAGAGGAAAUUAUAGGUAUGUUGAAUGUGCUUACCGAGAAAAUUGAGAAUAAUUCCGUAUCACUUACACAUGCUUUUGAUGAUAUGCGACAGUCAAUCAAAACAAUCCAAGACAAAGUUUCUUAUGUCUCCACUCAAAACGAAAUAAUGCAGCAGAUACUAGAUAUUAUGGAGAUUGAAAGAAAAAAAGAUCAGGAAUACAUCCACUUCCUUGACAACCAGCUGGAAGAUACCCAAAGAUCAAGCCGGAAAGCUUCAAUCGAAAUACGUAAUGUCUCACCCAAACAGAACGAGACCAAAGAAGACCUCAUCUCUAUGAUAACCACAUUGUCGGAGACUGUCGGCUGCCCGACUGUCAUCUGCAAGAGGGAUGUUAGAGACAUUUACCGUGUUAAAAAGAACAAAGACAGGGAAAAUAAAACAGUAGUACUAGAGCUUACAUCGGCUUUAGUAAAAACCGAUCUCUUAAAGGCAUGCAAGACCUAUAACUAUAAAAAUAAGACUUCAAAAUUAAGUAUCAAACAUCUUGGUUUUAAGACUGAUGGAGACUCGCCAAUAUUUUUGUCAGAACAACUCAUAUCAAAGGCGACGCGACUUUACUUUUUGGGCAGGGAUCUUACAAGGAGGAAUUUAUUUAAGUACUGCUGGACUACCUACGGUAAGGUGUACCUCAGAAAAGAUGACACAUCUCCCAUUAUCACGAUAACCAAUGAAAGCCAGAUUCAAACACUAUCCCGGCUGUCAGCAUGA